CACGGAAGUAAAAUCAUUCCAAACAUGUCAGGUAACGACCUCAAACCUGUGACCCAUGUCAUAUUCGACAUGGAUGGAUUGUUAUUAGACACCGAGCUACUGUACUCUGUGUCAUUCCAGGAAGUGUGUGACCGGUUUGGAAAGAAAUACACAUGGGAAGUGAAGUCAAAAGUGAUGGGUGCAAAGGCUUUGGAUGCAGCCCAAAUCAUCCGGGAGACUUUGGAGCUUCCUAUGACGGCCGAGGAACUCCUUACUGAAACGAGACAAAUACAGGAGAGGAUAUUUCCUUCAGCCAAACUCAUGCCAGGUGUGGAGAGGCUGGUGAACCAUUUGAAGAAACACAGUAUCCCUAUUGCUGUAGCGACCAGCUCAGCAGGUGCGACGUUCAACUUGAAGACCAGUCAGCACAAAGAUUUCUUUGCUUUAUUUGACCACAUUGUCCUGGGAGAUGAUCCUGAGGUGAAGAAUUCCAAACCCCAGCCUGACUCCUUCCUGAUUUGUGCCAGUAGAUUCAGGCCCCCGGCUUCUCCAGAUACUUGCUUGGUAUUCGAGGAUGCUCCCAAUGGUGUGAGGGCGGCCUUGACUGCAGGAAUGCAGGUGGUGAUGGUUCCAGAUGAGAACUUGGACCCAGCUCUGACUCAGGUGGCUACUCUGAGGCUGAGGAACAUGGAGGAAUUUCAACCGCAACUCUUUGACCUACCAGCGUUUGGCUGAGCCUCAGGAACCAUUAACGAUUGUCUCAUGUCAUUGCAAAUCUUUGUGAUGUGUUUUGGCACAAUCAGUCAUGUGAGACUUGGAUUUUGAGUAAACUCUUCAUAGCUGUUGACCUCAGACAAGGUGUCAGGUUUGACCACCGCUGACAUUACCCCCAAAAUACAACCCCAAUUCCAAUGAAGUUGUGACGUUGUGUUAAACAUAAAUAAAAACAGAAUACAAUGAUUUGCAAAUCAUGUUUGACUGAAAUUUCAGUGAAUACACUAUAAAGACAAGAUAUUUAAUGUUCAAAUUGAUAAACUUUAUUGUUUUUAACAAAUAAUCACUAACUUAGAAUUUUAUGGCUGCAACACGUUCCAAAAAAGCUGGGACAGGGUCAUAUUUACCACUGUGUUACAUCACCAUUUCUUUUAACAACAUUCAAUAAACAGGAACU